AUGGCCACCUCACCGCCCAAGUCGGCCUCGGGCGGCCAAGAUCGUGGCCUGCAGAGCAAUGGGCGUGGUCCUCACAAGGUGUCAACGAGAGCCCGCGGCCUGUCCUCGUCGACGCCUGAUCUCCCAGAGCCACUCCAAGAUAGCGACGACUCGGGAGACGAGGCGCAUGCACAAGUCACGGCUAACCCAAUGUCCGUCAACAUGAACCAGAGCAUAUUCGGUCUUAUUGCUGCUGCCGGCUCCCGUGUCGACUUUCAUACCCGCUUUGACGGUAACAGCAGUGACGAGGACGACGGCUCCAAGGAUUUACCGUCCGGCCUUCCCACAACUUCGCAAACGACUGUACUCCGACCCGAUUCAAGAAAGCACAAAAAAACCCUGUCUAAACACAGACUACUCAAGUCGUUUGCUACCCUACCAAGGCUCAAGUCCAAGUCCAAACGCGAACCAAGCACGCUAUCCCAGCCAGAUCGCUUUACCGAUGAGCUCUGUCAGUCCAGCGAUGCCAGCGAGACUCCUGCUUCCCCCUCUACCGAAACAAUGGCGCCCAUGGCUCGCCGACCCUCGGUCAUGAGUCGCAUGCUGCAAGCCAGAGCGGAAAUGUCAAGCCGGUCCAGCUUCGAUAUUGAACGAAGACCUUCCACCGAUAUACCGCAAUCACAAGAUGAUGAUGAUGAGGCGAGUCCACUGGCUCGUCGUCUGAUGGAGAUUUUCGAUUUCAGUGAGCCUGAACAAGUUAUAGAAGAGUACCCCUGUUGGCUCUUGCAAAGCGUCCUUUUGCAGGGCUUCUUGUACAUCACAUCGAAACAUAUUUGUUUUUAUGCUUAUUUACCUAAGAAACAGAACAUUGUGGCUAAAUCUGGCUACUUGUCAAAAAGCGGCAAACGCAACCCCAAAUACAACCGAUAUUGGUUCCGUCUCAAAGGCGAUGUACUGUCAUACUAUCGCGAUGCUACAAACUUAUACUUUCCCCAUGGCCAGAUUGAUCUCAGAUUCGGCAUCUCAGCAUCUGUCACUGACAGGGACAAGGACGGGCUGCACUUUGAGGUCGUUACCAGUCAGCGCACUUACAACUUCAGAGCCGACAGCGCGCCCAGUGCCAAAGAAUGGGUCAAGAGCCUUCAGAGGGUCAUAUUCAGAAGCCACAAUGACGGUGACAGUGUCAAGAUCUCUCUGCCCAUUGAAAACAUUAUUGAUGUUGAAGAUACCCAAAUGGUCGAGUUCUCCGAUACCUGCAAAAUCCGCGUUAUUGACAAUGACGAGACUUAUGCGAUCGACGAGUAUUUUUUCUCUUUCUUUUCCUUCGGCCAAGAAGCCAUCAACGUCUUGAAGCUUUUUGUCGAGGACUCUACAGCUAGAAAACAGCUAGGAAAAGACCAGGCUGUUGCUGGUACGUCUUCAGGUGCCAAGACCGGACUGGGUAAGAUCCAUACUGGCAAAAUUCAUGACACUGUUAAAGCAACCCUCUCGCCGCUUUCGCCGCGUCGUUCGACAACCGCUAGUCCUCGCGGAAGUGUCGAGUUUUCAUCCAGGACUAGCAGAGAUGGAUUUGAAGGCACGGAUCAAUCUAGUCGUGACCAAUCAAGACCACCUACGAGUUCAUUCAUCGAUCACAGUCCACGCAGGAGCUUCAGUAGCUCGAGGCCGCGCAGCCGACUUUCUGACGGAGGUAAAACUCCAAGGACGGGGUUUGUCCCAUCAGAUUCCAAUUUGCAGUCAGAAAAGUCCUCUAUGGAACAGCCCAGCUUUUCGAGUCUGCAUGUAUCUGGGACUGAAGAUCCAUCCGCGAGCCAGAUUCUGCAUGGUAGUGGCGCAUUCCAGCGACCUACCAUAAUGCGUUCGCAGCCUACCGAUCAAGGACACUUAAAGAGCCUCAGCCAGAGCCAGAUUUUACAACCUGGAAGUGACGCUACCUUUCGCCCUGCCCGCCAUGCCGCAACAACCGGGCAUUUGGAUCAAUUGCGCCAGGAAGAUGAGCAAGAGGCGCGUGAUGAGGACCGACCUCUCACACCUAGUCUUCAAAGUAUCACCAAAAUGGGCACGUAUCCCCUGCAGAGGGCUGGUGCCUUUGCCGACUAUUUGAACAAGACGAGCAAACGCAUGAGUUCACUUCUAGCCACCGAAUCUAUGGGCUACGUGGAAAAGGUGUCGGGCAUGUGGAAAGGCGGCGGGAAGCACUAUGAUGAGCCUGCAGGCCUCCGAGGUGAUGACGACGACCUUGAGGAAGAUUCCGAUGGGAAAAUACAGACAUCCAUGGAGCGAUUCCGGGCACACUUUGCGUUGCCCGAUACAGAGAGACUUCAGGCUACCUACUUUGGUUACAUACUGCGCGUGUUGCCUUUGUACGGCAAGAUAUACAUCAGCAAUCAGUCAUUCUGUUUUCGAAGCCUUCUUCCUGGAACCCGCACCAAGUUGAUUCUCCCGCUUAAGGAUAUCGAGACUGUCCACAAAGAGAAGGGCUUUCGGUUCGGCUACUCUGGCCUUGUUCUAGUCAUUCGCGGGCACGAAGAGCUCUUCUUUGAGUUCAGACAAAGUGACGUUCGUGACGAUUGUGCCGUUACCUUGCUGCAAGACUUGGAGACACAUCACUUCCUCGAGGGGCCUGACACACAGGUUGAAGAUGCUCAGGAUGAUGAUGAAUACAUGGCUGAAAGAGAUGCGCUCAAGUCUGCUCGACAGGAAGAAUAUCCUGAGCAUGAGUUAGAGCUGCCUCAUGAGGUAUCAAGCCUGCCAAAUGCACCCACAAUCUUGCUCGAGGAUACAGACGCGUCAUUCUUGAGCUUCAAGCCGUCUACUCCGAUGAAGAUCACCUGCUUGACGAUUGGCUCGAGGGGCGAUGUUCAGCCAUAUAUUGCCCUGUGCAAGGGCUUGCUGGCAGAAGGGCACAAGCCUCGCAUUGCAACUCAUGCAGAGUUCCAAGGCUGGGUCGAGUCUCAUGGCAUUGAGUUUGCAAAGGUCGAAGGAGACCCAGCUGAACUUAUGCGUCUCUGCAUCGAGAAUGGUACAUUUACGCUAGCAUUCUUGCGAGAGGCGAACUCGACCUUCCGAGGCUGGCUGGAUGAGCUUCUCGACUCUGCCUACACAGCCUGCGAAGGCUCUGAUCUACUGAUUGAGUCUCCCUCGGCGAUGGCAGGAAUACACAUUGCGGAAAAGCUGGGGAUCCCCUACUUCAGAGCAUUCACCAUGCCAUGGACCCGCACGCGCGCCUAUCCACAUGCCUUCAUUAUGCCUGAGCACAAGAUGGGUGGUGCGUACAAUUAUAUGACCUAUGUCAUGUUUGACAAUAUCUUUUGGAAGGCCACUGCCCAACAAGUUAACCGGUGGAGAAACAAGACGCUCGGUCUGCCGAAUACCAGCUUGGAAAAGAUGCAACCGAAUAAGGUCCCAUUCCUGUACAACUUCAGUCCUUGUGUCGUGGCACCACCGCUCGACUUUUCCGACUGGAUUCGAAUCACUGGGUACUGGUUCCUGGAUGAGGCAGAUAAAUAUACGCCUCCUCAAGAGCUUGCCGACUUUAUUCAAAAGGCACGGGAUGAUGGCAAGAAGCUGGUGUACGUUGGUUUCGGUUCCAUUAUUGUCAAUGAUCCCGCCAAAAUGACCAAGGAGGUCAUUGACGCGGUCUUGAGAGCGGAUGUGAGAUGCAUUCUGUCCAAAGGAUGGUCUGACCGUAUCUCUUCGAAGGAAGACCCAAGCAAAACACGGCCUGACGAACCCGAAAUGCCACCCGAGAUUCAUGUAAUCAAAUCCGCCCCUCAUGAUUGGCUGUUCAAGCAAAUCGAUGCUGCGGCGCACCAUGGAGGAUCCGGUACCACUGGUGCAAGCUUGAGAGCUGGUCUUCCCACUAUCAUUCGACCCUUCUUUGGCGACCAGUACUUUUUUGCCAGCCGCGUCGAGGACCUUGGAGUCGGUGUAUGGGUGAAGAAAUGGGGUACCAACAGCUUUGGCAGGGCACUUUGGGAAGUGACGCGCAAUGAGCGCAUGAUUGUCAAGGCCAGGGUGCUUGGCGAGCAGAUACGAAAGGAUCAUGGCGUCGAUAUGGCGAUUCAAUCAAUCUAUCGCGACAUGGAGUAUGCUACGAGUUUGAUUAAGCGCAAGGCAGGCAAGAACGAGCAGCCAGAGCCUGACGAGGAUGAUGAGGACACGGAAGAAAGUUGGACUUUUGUUGGGGGUGACGAGCCCGAUCCAGACAUGGUGACCAAGAAGCUGAGUGAAGGGCUCGACAACUUGGUUCUCGAAAAAGAAAAGGCUCGGAGGAACCAUGCGGUCCGAAGUGGCGCAUGA